UCCUCGGACAUCUCUCUCUCUCUCCGUCUCUCUCUUCUGUGCAUCUCUUGUUUGUCAAAGUUCCACAUCUCCUUCUCAUUAUCGAGACAAUGAGGCCUCCAUCAGAUCCAGGGAACUGAGACAAUGCCGAGCACCCCCACCGGAGCGUUUGCUUGUGCAAUAGAGAUGAUAAUGCAAAGGUUCUCGAUUUCGCCCACCCCAUCCUUUUGUCCUGCUUAUAUUCUACCUCUCAGCAGUGAGAUUCGUUUUGGGGAACAUAGCCACACAUCAAUUCCUUUCCUUUAUCUUCUUUGGGUGUAUGCUGGAAGGGGGUUGGUUGGAUGGUGCUGUCAUGGUCUCUGGGGCACGGGAGGCAACGCCGCGUGACCCGUGAAUUAGAGAGCGACGAGGCCGCGGCGGCAGGAACGGAUCUUCGACAAAGUUAGGGAUGUGCGCGUGACUCGUGAGGUCGACACGCGCCACGUCUCGCAGUGACUGGCUUCACCGCGACCACAGCGCUUGUGGGGGAGGUGGGGGAGUGGAUGGAUGAGAUGCCUCCCGCGCUUUCUUUGCCAUCCGGGGUAGGCAGUUCGCUCUGCGACGCUGCAGUCGAGAUCGCUCACCGCAAACGAACUGCCGAAGAAGCUGAGCACCUCCUCUCGGGUCCCAUGGCAGCAUCUGGUUCUGAUUCGGUCGGUGUUGUUGAGCAAAUCGAGGCGGCAGCGCCGACGGCUGCUUUGGAGGAGGACGGGGGCGGGGAUGAUCCGAUUACGGAGAGUGACAUGGAGGACUCAACAUCCGUCGAGCCUGGAUUGUCGGUCGAAAGCUCUUGUUCUGUCGUUAGCGAUAGCAGCAGCAUAAGCUGCGCAAUGCACGAGUUCUCGGUUUCUGACUCUUCUUGUGAGAUGGGGACGCCUUCCUCUGUUGAUGCAGGAAACAGCCUUGUUGAGAUUGUGCCGGUGUCGGCUUCAGUGGAACUCCUAGCCGUAAGCAUGGUUGAUCCUGAUGCGACCAUAACACCUGUUGUUGAGUACGGAACCCCACAAAGCCGUUCAGGUGGUGGCGCCGGCCGCUCGCAGAGCAUGUUCUUGAUGGAAAGUAUGCCCCUUUGGGGAUGCAUAACGAUUUGUGGGCGAAGGCCGGAGAUGGAGGAUGCUGUGGUUGUGGUGCCUAAUUUUUUCGAAGUCCCACUUCGGUUGCUUACCGGUGAUCAGAUUGUGGAUGACUUAGACCCAGAUGUGAUCCGCCUGCCAUUGCACUUCUUUGGUGUAUAUGAUGGCCAUGGGGGUGCCCAGGUCGCUAACUACUGUCGUGAGCAUCUCCAUCUUGUGUUGAUAGACCAAUUGAGGAGUUUGGUUAAAGAUUCGGGAGGCACAAGUUGUAGCAAUUGGAAGAGGAAGUGGGAGAAGGUCUUCGUUGCUUGCUUCCAGAAAAUUGAUGAUGAGGUUGGAGGGAAAGGAAGCAGAGGAAAUAUGGGAAGCACAGCCGAAGCACCCAACGAAGGUAACCUGCCUUGUCCUAAUGUACCAUUAGAACCUGUUGCCCCAGACACUGUAGGAUCGACAGCUGUGGUUGCUGUUAUCUCCUCAUCGCACAUUAUCAUUGCAAACUGUGGGGAUUCAAGGGCAGUACUUUGCCGUGGCAAACAACCAAUGCCUCUAUCAGUGGAUCAUAAACCUAACAGGGAAGAUGAGUAUACAAGGAUCGAGGCUCAGGGUGGUAAGGUCAUACAGUGGAAUGGAUAUCGUGUAUUUGGUGUUCUUGCCAUGUCACGUUCAAUUGGGGAUCGGUACCUGAAGCCAUGGAUCAUUCCAGAGCCAGAAAUUACAUUUGUCCAACGUGCAAGAGAGGAUGAAUGUCUUAUUGUUGCUAGCGAUGGCUUGUGGGAUGUCAUGUCUAACGAAGAGGUGUGCGAUGUAGCCCGCAGGCGGAUCUUGCUCUGGCACAAAAAGAAUGGUCCUGUGCCACCAUCCACUCCAAGGGGUAAACAAGCUGAUCCUGCAGCUCAAGCUGCUGCAGACUGCCUGUCAAAGCUUGCUCUCAAGAAAGGAAGCAAGGACAACAUCACCAUCAUCGUGGUGGAUCUAAAAGCACAACGAAAGUUCAAAAACAAAUAGUCAUGGUGGUAAGUUGGACUUCCCCAUAGAACCAUGUACAUGAGAACUUGAGUUCUAGGUGGCUAUUUAGACUUAGACACAUGAGUUAGCCCAUCUCUUUAUUUCUGGGCUUAAAGGAAUGUACACUUACACAUACUAUAUACAACAUUGCCAUGUUCAUAUCUCUAAUGAAGGUGGUCAGAAUCUUGUAAUUUCAUUUUUCA